CGCCUCCAUGGUCCCUCGACCACGCAGGAGAUACACACAAGCAUGAGCUUGAACGAGCAGUUCAUGCAGUGCUUGAUGGCCAGAUAGGUACCAUUGUGGCUGAACACACGACGAUUCCGUACAAGACAUUGAUGAAAGCCGUGCGCGAAACGAAGGCGGGGACCUUCAAAGUGCCAUUUCGCAGAGGCCCGAAACCAUGCCUGCCACAAUCAUGCGAGACGGACCUGGUUGCGUGGAUUGGAGCCAUGCAGCAAGACGGGUACCCUGUCGAUCGCCAAGACAUCCUCGUCAACGCCAACCAGCUUGUCCGUCGGCUUGACGCGUCGUUAGCAGUCGGUGCCGGUUGGUUCAAGCGAUUUCGUGAGCGCCACCCCCAAUUGAAGAACCGCGUCGCGCAGGUGAUCUCCCACGCAAGAAAUGCAGUCACCAUGGAGGGUGUGAACAUGUUGUUCGAUUCGAUGUCCGAUGCCAUCACGAACCACGCCUUGACCCCCGACCAUAUCUUUAAUAUGGACGAAACGGCGUUUGCUUCCCGGAAGAAGUCCAAGUCGGUGGUCGCCUUGAAGGGAUCUCAGAAUGUAUGGGCCAAAACGGAGCAAAUGAUCAAGCGAUACAACCUUUUCAAAAACUGUGGCGUACCCAAGUCAUUCGUGGAAGCCCUAUGGAUCGAACGUCAGAUCGUCGUUCGAAGUGAAGCACUGUACCUUCCAACCAAGGCCAAGAAGAAGUCAACAAGAAAACGCAUUGAUGUUGGUGGGCGAAUUCUUACCUUGGCGUUGCUGCACAACAUGGACAAGACAAAAGCGGAACGCCAGGAAGCCGCGAAACGAAAGAAGGCCCUGUUGGUCAAGAGGGGCAAUCGAGCUGUGGACCUGCGUCAAAACUGCAGUUCCAAUGUCCUAUUCCUCCCCAACCAGUCCUGUGCUAUCGACUGGGUAGUCGUGCUCACCACGGCGCGGCCUUCUUACCCCCCCACGCUCAUAGUUACGCUCUCUUCCUUGGGGAGCGUGGUGGCACUUGCCGGAAUGAUGGUCCUUGACAUGCAUUACCGCCGGGGUAGUCACGCUCGACAAUGUGUGAUGAUGCUGCGGUUCCGUCCGCAAAGAUCUUCGACGGCAGGGGGAGUGUCACAUGUGGAACUGUCCAAGUCGUUCCACGGGCGCAAAACCGAUACCUACCACGGGACUACCAAUUCGGUUGACAACGAGUACAUCAUCCAUUCCCCCCAGAGCCACCAAACCUCCACAUGCACUGGGUACGACCAACAAAGCGAUUGCAGUGAAAGCGUCGCCACGGCUUCAGUCUUCACUGCCCUUGGCACUGGACGGGAAACGAACUCAACCCACUGGCGGGACAGCAGCUCCACGUACAACGCGUCAGUUAUCAGGGGGGGCUCGAGUGACCAUGCUUUCGGACUCUUCACUCGACCCUGA